GCGAGUCACAAGGCACACAAACUGGUCUGUGCACCCUACGUGCGAAUCGGGAACGGUCGCAUUCAGCUGCCCACAAGCGUGCCUCUCGCAAGGCUACCUAAUACCCAAGUGAUAGAAAAGGCCAUGAGAUAUACAACACCCACGUCGCCCAUACAUCACCGUUGAUGCAUGCAAACAUUUCUCUCAACCUCACCAGUUGCUGUGCGCGGAAUACAACCUCGACGACUGGCAUGCAGAAAGUGAGCAAAAUGCUUCAUCUUUUCUGUACGGUCGGAGCCUGAGCUUACUCUGCUACAACUCACCGUAUGUCAUGGCCCAGUAGACCGGUGAGAUGCCCCAUCGUCACAAAGCCAGGGGCAGCAUUCCUGGUUUCGUUUGCCAUCAACGCCACAUCUCGUAUAACAGUACCUCAAGAAGGAUCAGCAACCCUUCAAGGUCAACUGAUGGGUCAGACUCACUUCUGGGAGUACUGAAAAGGCUUUCUCAGUAGUUGUCGCAUAAAAUAUCAAAUCUGCAUCAUGGAUUUACCUGUCGG